AUGCUAUGUUUGACCGCCAAGAUGGCCYUGGCUACAAAUGGAGACAUUUACAGUUUCGUCGUACAUUCGAAAAUCAAGUACAGAUAUGCACAGACUGUUGUAUCAAGUCGCGUUGCCAACAAAAAAAAUACUUCCCAAGAAGUACAGUUCUACGUAACUCUUCCAGAAUCUGCAUUUGUUUCUAAAUUUUUAAUGGAAAUAAACGAAAAAGUGUACGAAGCUUACGUAAAAGAAAAGAAAGAAGCCAAAGAAGAAUAUAUUGCUGCAGUUAACUCGGGUCAGACGGCGGCUCAUGUCGAGCAAAACGCAAGAGAYUCGAAUAAGUUUACGGUUUCUGUACACGUGGAAGCUGAAAGUAAAGUUACGUUUAAUCUCACUUACGAACAAUUGUUAAACAGGAAAUUGGGAAUUUAUGAAAACAUAAUAAACUUACAACCCGGACAAGUAGUUAAAAACUUGCAAGUUAUAGUAGACAUCGAAGAGUCAUCGAACAUAACGAAAUUGGAAGUGCCAGACAUAAAAACAGCAAAUGAAAUAGAAACUACAAUUAGUAAAAACAAAUUGGCGAAAAUUUCCCAUGAGUCAGGCAACAAAGCAACGAUAACAUGGAGUCCAAGUGUUAAAGAGCAAUUAACAUUUACGGAUCGUGGUGUUAAAGGCCAAUUUAUAGUUCAAUAUGACGUAGAUCAUAAAUCUGCACCAAAUCAAGUUCUUAUCGACGAUGGAUAUUUCGUGCAUUUCUUUGCACCUACGGAUUUGAAGCCACUUAGGACCCACGUCAUAUUUGUGCUCGAUGUUAGUGGUUCAAUGGUUGGACAGAAAUUACCUCAAGUGAAAGAAGCUAUGGGUCAAAUUCUUUCAGAAAUCCAUUCCGAAGAUUUUUUCACGUUGAUACUUUUCUCAGAUUUCGCUCAAGUCUGGACAAUAAACGCUACUCAAGAAACGUCGAAUCGCUGGGACGAAAACGGUAGCAACUGGAAAAUGAACAAUAAUUUUAGUUUGGAGACAUUGGGAGAAAACCGUUUCGUUUUUCCGGCGACCGAGCAGAACAUACAAUACGCCAAGAAAUUCAUUCAGGACUUGACAUCGGAGAGCAGUACAAAUAUGGAAGAUGCCCUGACCAAAGCUCACUUGAUCGCCAAAUUGGGCGAAACGCGUUUCAAAGAUGGUGCUAACACACCAAAACCUAUUAUCGUGUUUUUAACCGACGGCGAACCGACCACAGGGAUUACCGAACCCCAGGAAUUGAUUAAAUAUGUUUCUAACACAAACGAAGAGAAGUAUCCGAUCUUUAGUUUGGGAUUUGGYGAAGGGGCGGAUAUUGAUUUCCUUAAGAAACUCUCAUUGAAUAACACCGGUUUCGCAAGGGUCAUUUACGAAGCUUCGGAUGCGUCGUUACAAUUGCGUAACUUUUACAAGGAAAUAUCGUCKCCCGUUUUGUCCAACGUCACCUUCAAAUACAUUGACGAACAGGUCGACAACGUUACUGUGACAAAAAAAUCAUUUAACCUGUUGUUCAAAGGCACAGAAUUAGUAGUGGCCGGAAAGUUGAAAGAUGGUAAAUCGGUUGAUUUUAACGGCACUUUGRACGCCGAUUCAACUGAAGGAGAUUUCAAAGGUCCUGUCAUYAUCACAUGUUUUGAUGUCCCCAUCGCUCCUCCAGACGUUGUUCCUCAGAAAAGAAGAAUUGGUCAUCUAGAGAAAUUAUGGGCAUUUUUGAACAUACAACAACUGAUGGAUGAAUACGAACUAAACAAAAAUGAGAAUUCUACAGCAAAAGCUAAGGCACUCGAACUAGCAUUAGAAUACUCAUUUGUUACUCCGUUAACGUCCUUAGUUGUUGUCAAACCUAAUGAUACAAUUACAUCAGCGGCUCCCGAAAAAAUAAAACCACUUAACGAUCGAUAUAAUUUCGGUUCUCUAAUGGCCAGCAGCCCACUUUUUCAAUUAGGUUCAUCUGCAGGCUCGAUGAUGUCGGCAAACAGUUUUGCUUUACAUCCCGCACCUCCAGGUAUAUCAGCUAUUUCGUUGAAAGCUAGUUCUGGUGUUGUUAGUCCUAGUCUAUAUUCGGCCGUACCCGAAGAUGCAUUAAUUGCUGCAUCCGAAAUGGUUCCUUUUUCAACUAUUUCGUCAACUCUCGUUGCAGAUGCAGAUAAAUUAGUGCCGACCUCGGUUGUAGAUUCUCCAAAAAUUGUAACAGAGGAAUCAAAUUCUUCAUCGUUACACGAUAUCAAAGAACUAACAUGGCUGAGUGAUUCUAUUACAUUGAACGCAACUAAUGCAGUUUACCAAGUAUCAUUCAAUACGAGUGGUCAAUCUUAUCAAAACUGUACAACACCCGACCAAAUCCAUGGUAAUUGUAAACAUUUAAAAGACUGCGUGGUGGCUUCAAUCCUGAACUCAUUUGAUACAUACCUUUCACUGUUUUGUCCAAUAGAAUCAUUGUAAGUACAGCAUUUUUUGUAUGGUAUACUAUU